AUUCUAUUUCAGUUUUGUAAUAGCAUUAUGGAAUUAAAUAAUGUGAAGCUUAGACUACUUUUGAAUUUAUGGAAGGCUCACAAGAAUCUUCUGCAUUCAAUGUGCAAUGCUUAUCUUUCUAUUUUGGGUCUCUAUUUAGUUAUUUGUGGUGGUCAAAUUUGUUUCUGAAACCAUCAGAUAACUGAGUUUCUUCAUUAGUUGUGCUCUUCUUCAUUGGUUGUGCUCCAGAAUUUGCUUUCUGAGUAUAAUGUUUCCUAAUUUGUUGUUCUAAACACUGAUUUUUCUAUCCCAUGUGACGUAGAACUCCUUAUUUGUUAGUUCGUCCUUCAACUGAGUUGAAAAAGGUUACGUUCGUCAAGAAUGGGUAGUUACAAGCUCGGUGUCGAAGUGAUCAAUGCGUACAAUCUCAUGCCCAAGGAGAAGGGCUCUUCGAACCCUCACGUCGAGCUUGAAUUCAACGGCCAAAAAUUCCGCACCACCGUCAAGGAGAAAGAACUCAAUCCGGUGUGGAACGAGCGCUUCUUCUUCAACAUCUCGGACCCUUCUUCUAUCCCCAACCUUUCUCUUGAAGCUUCUAUCUACAGCAUCAACACAGAAAGAAACUCUAGAUCCUUUCUCGGCAAAGUCCGGCUCGCGGGAACCUCCUUUGUGCCCUCCUCCGACGCAGCCGUGAUGCAUUAUCCGUUGGAAAACAACAUUUUUUUUUCGCGUGUGAGAGGAGAACUAGGGCUCAAAGUUUUCCUCACCGUUGAUCCGUCAAUCAAAGCUUCAAAUCCUCUUCCGGCUAUCGAUCCUGCUACGAAAAUUCAUCCUCAGAAACAAGUCUUAAACCCUAAGCCUAAUCCGGCUCGAGAUCGGUCAGGUGGACCGAGACGUACAUUUCAUAGUAUUGGAAAAGAGGCCCACAAUCAGCAUGAACAUUGUCCUCCGGUCACCACAAGUGAAGAGCCAGUAAAGCGUGAUGCAGGCCAAUUCAAAUGCGAGUCGCCAAAAUCCAAAUGCGAGUCACCGAAAUUUGCGAACAUGUGCUCACGGGCACCCUCGAAGAAAGAGGCUGAAUAUGCACUUAAAAAAACAAACCCAUCCCUCGGCUUCGGACAGAUCGUUGGUGGCCAAGUCAUACACGCGGAGAAGCCAAGCACUAUGUAUGAUCUUGUCGAGCCGAUGCAGUAUCUUUUCGUCCGAGUUGUCAAAGCAAAGGACCUACCGGAAAGCACUGAUCCAUUCACUGAGUUGAAGUUCGGGAUCUCUAAGGCCGCCACAAAGCAGCUUGAGAAGAAACCGAAUCCGGAGUGGAAUGAGGUGUUCGCCUUCUCCCACGAAUGUAUGCACUCGACGAUCCUCGAAGUUCAGAUCAAAGAUAAGAAGCAAGAGAAGGAUGAGUACAUUGGGCGUGUUCGGUUCAAUAUAAAUGAUGUGCCGAUGCGAGCUCCGCUGGAUUCUCAGUUGGCACCAGAGUGGUACCGUCUCGAUGACAAGAAGGAAGAGAAAAUCAAAGGCGAGCUGAUGCUCGCGGUCUGGAUCGGAACUCAAGCUGACGAGGCCUUUCCUGACGCGUGGCAGUCCGAUGUGGCGAAUGCAGCCGCAGAUGCCUCAGUGGCCGCGAGCCCGCAUGUGCGGUCGAAAGUCUACCAUGCUCCGAGGCUCUGGUACGUGCGAGUCAACAUCAUCGAGGCGCUAGAUAUUGAAAUAGCCGACAAGGACCGCACUCCGGAGGUGUUCGUCAAGGCGCAGAUCGGAGACCAGCACUUCAGGACGAGAAAAAUGAAGUCGCGGAGAUCCAAAUAUUUCUGGAAUGAAGAAAUAAUGUUUGUGGCUGCCGAGCCUUUCGAGGAUCAGCUAGUUCUGUCGGUUGAAGAUCGCGUCAAGCUGGAUAAAGAUGAGGUGAUCGGUCGAGUUACUAUUCCGCUUUUUAAGGUGGAGAAGCGAGUCGAUGACCGGACAUUCCAUAGCCGGUGGUUCAAUCUUGAAAAGCCGAAUGGUGCUGAUGCCGAUAAACCGAAGAAGGACGCUGCCGAUGGCGAUAAGGCCAAGAAGGACAAGCCCGCGAGCCGCAUUCAUUUGCGGGUAUUCUUGGAGGGAGGAUAUCACGUGCUAGAUGAGUCGACGCAGUAUAGCAGCGACUUUAGACCGUCAGCGAAGCAGCUGUGGAAGCCGGCUGUCGGCGUGCUCCAGGUCGGCAUACUCGGGGCAACCGGGCUUCUUCCGAUGAAAACAAAAGAUGGAAAGGGCAUGACCGAUGCGUACUGCGUGGCGAAGUACGGGAAGAAGUGGAUUCGGACUCGAACCAUGAUCAACAGCCUGUGCCCACGGUUCAACGAGCAGCACACCUGGGAGAUCUAUGAUCCGGCAACCGUCCUAACGGUCGGCGUUUUCGACAACUGCCAAAUUGGCGAGAAGGGAAAUGGUAAGAAAGAUGCAAAAGAUUCAAAAGACGGAAAGGAGGGACAAGACGCUGUUAUCGGAAAGAUCCGAAUCCGGCUCUCGACACUCGAAACGGGUCGCGUGUACACCCAUUCCUACCCGCUUCUCGUCCUGCAGCCGUCGGGGUUGAAAAAGAUGGGGGAGCUUCAUCUUGCCGUAAGGUUCUCCUCGACGUCGUUCGUCGGCAUGAUGUCGAUGUACGCGCGGCCCCUGCUUCCGAAGAUGCACUACGUCCGCCCGCUGAUGCUAUUUCAGAUCGACGUGCUCUGCCACCACGCCAUCCAGAUCCUUGCGGCGCGGCUGGGCAGAAUGGAGCCGCCGCUACGAAAAGAAGUCGUGGAGUUCAUGUCCGACGUCGACUGUCACUUAUGGAGCAUGCGGCGGAGCAAAGCAAACUUCUUCAGGCUGACGUCGGUCUUCUCGCGCUUGUUCGAGGCCGGGAAGUGGUUUAAGGCGAUAUGCACGUGGACGAAACCUGUCGCGAGCGUUCUGGUUCACGUUCUGUUCACAAUGCUUGUGUGCUUUCCGGAGCUGAUACUCCCGACGGCGUUCUUGUACAUGUCCUUCAUAGGGCUCUGGAACUAUCGGCACCGAGCACAGUACCCUCCACACAUGAACACGAAGCUCUCCCAGGCGGAGAACGCCGACCCUGACGAGCUCGACGAGGAGUUCGAUGCGCUCCCGACGAGCAAAGAGGCGGAGGUGGUGAAGAAGAGGUACGACCGGCUGAGGUGCGUCGCGGGGAAGGUGCAGAUGCUGGUGGGGGACGUCGCGACGCAGGGGGAGAGGAUCCAGGCUCUGAUCAGCUGGAGGGACCCGCGGGCGACGUCGGUGUUCGUGCUGCUCUGCUCCGUGGCGGCGGCCGUCGCGUACGUGACGCCGCUCCGCGUCGUGGUCGCGCUGCUGGGGUUCUACACCAUGAGGCACCCGCGGUUCCGGCAGAAGACGCCCUCCGCGCCGGCAAACUUCUUCCGGCGGCUGCCAGCGAGAAUAGAUAGCAUGCUAUGAAAUUUGUUCUGUAGUUGUGUUGUGCUUUGCUCUAAUGUUCUGUUUUAGAUGGUUUCAACUUUCUAAUGAUGCUAUGAAACAAACCCUUUGUAACCAUCCUCCUUGUAGAAUUUCUCUAUUUCUUAUCUAAAAAUCUAAAUUACGCAUUUUCUUCGAUGUUUCAUAUACUGUUGGGCAAAAUGUAUGAAUAGUCCCUGCACUAUCCGAUACUGCAAUUUCGUCCCUCCUCUUUUCACUUCGCUGUAUUCUAAUGACUCUGCAAAUGGUCUUAACAC